UUUCUCGGAUCGGAGUGAAAUAAGUCUGUGAUUCUAAGUUUCCGUAACUAUUUGGCAGACAAGGCGAGAGACAUAGUUUGCAAUGAACAUAUCAUAUAGAAACAGCCACCAGCUUAAGAUGGUUACCAUUUUCUCCGACUAUUAUUGAGGUAUUUUCUUUUAUGCUUCCUCUCAGUAAUUGCUUUUCCAGGUUCUAAUUUUCAAGAACCAUUUCAAAUUACACUCAUUUUGUUCCAAUUUAUUAUCAUUAUGUACUGUAAUUUGUCAAAGAAUCAAGCUUUACCUAUGGCUUUAAAGGUUUCUCCCAUAAACUCUUACCCGAUUAACACUUCAAAAAUACAAUUUUUCUCUCAUGGGAAUUAUCCAAAACCCUUCAUCAACCCUAGUAGUACCAUUUUUCGUGCCCCUCUUUCUGGGUCUUCCGAAAAAACACUUAAUUUACUUAAAACCACAAAAAAUUCAAUUAAUAUAAGUAGAUUUCCUGUUGUAAUUGCAUUGCCAGAGUCCCAAUUAAUAGGGUUUAGGAAUUUCUCGAAUGUACACAAUGCUGCUGAAAGAUGCGGCGUAGUUAGAAGUAGAAAAACUCUACCUUGGUUAGCUGAUUGUAAGUUUGAGGAAGAGAAGAGAACGGAAAGAGUUCUGAAAGCAAAAACAAAAGCUAGUAGUAAAUCAUCUUGGGAGGUUUCAGCAGAAAAGUUCUUUAGAAAAAGCAGUAGUUCUUCACCUCAGGAUGAGAAUAGGAGGAGAGUUGAGGAUGUUACGAAAAACUGGCAGAAGCCUUGUUUCGAAAGGAAUGAUAAUGUUGCGGAGGAUGGUGAAAUUGAAGUGAUAAAUGAUCCUAGAUGGAAUAAGAUUAAGAGUAGGGUGAAUGUUAGAGUGGGUUCGGAUAGGCCUGAGAUGAGACGAUGGAAUAGACAGGAAAGUUGGGGCAGAAAGACUUAUAGAGAGGCGAAUGAAUCGAGCAUACCAAAGAUGAUAGGGGAAGGGGUUUAUGGGGUUGGACCUGUUUUAGCCGCUUUGACGGCUGGGAGAAGAGAAUUCUAUGUACUCUAUGUUCAGGAAGGAUUAGACUUGAACAAGAAUAAUAAGAAAAAGAAGGAUAAAAAGGGUUUCGAAAAGGUAUUGAAGAUAGCUGAAAAUAUUGGUUUAAGCAUUCGAGAGAUUUCAAAGCAUGAUCUUAACAUGGUGGUUGAUAACCGGCCACAUCAAGGACUUGUGCUAGAUUCUUCUCCAUUGGAGAUGGUGAACAUAAAGGAGUUGGACCCUGUAUCAGUUGAACAAGAUAAAGGUGCUGUCUGGGUAGCUUUGGAUGAAGUGACUGAUCCCCAGAAUUUAGGAGCCAUCAUUCGAUCUUCUUACUUUUUUGGAGUGUCGGGGGUGGUAUUAUGUGCGAAAAAUUCGGCUCCUUUGAGUGGUGUGGUGAGUAAAGCGAGUGCUGGCGCGCUUGAGUUGAUGGAGAUGAGAUCUUGCAAGAACAUGAUGCAGUUCUUGACAUCAUCUUCUGAAAAUGGUUGGCGAGUUAUUGGAGGCUCGGUGUCAUCUAGAGCUGUUCCGUUGCGUGAGGUUUUACCUGGAGAACCCACGAUUCUUGUCUUGGGCAGUGAGGGAACCGGUUUGAGGCCUUUGGUUGAGAGAUCCUGCACUCAAUUAGUGAGAAUUGUGGGAAAUAUUCCUGUGGAUAGGUCAUUGACAAGAGGUGAUGAUGAUUUGGAGGGUGACAUGGAGAAUCAAUCCUGUGGUGAAGAGUUUCAAUCCUUUAUGGCUGUGGAAAGUUUGAAUGUGAGUGUUGCAACUGGUGUACUUUUGCACCAUUUGGUUGGGGAUAACUAUACUCACAACAAUGAAGCUGAUUUCCAUAGAAAUGGACUUGAUUAAGCUUAAAUUUGUUGGUCUUUGAUUGUAAGUUCUUUCUUAAAUUUGGCUUGUUAUUGGUUUGUAUUUUUGAAUGCGAUUCUAACUAAUUUGUACUUCAAAGAGUUGUUGGAUCCUUGAGAAUUUUGAAAUCUAUUUGGUAUAAGUUAAAUUAGGA